AUGGCGGUCAGAACUACAGGGUGCCUCUCCGAGGCUCUGGCAGCGCUGAGGAUAUCAACAACCAAGCCUAUCACCGUUAGCAGGACCUUCAGCCGAUCGAUGGCUACCGAGUCGCCUGCGUCCAACAUUACGAAAUCUGCCUCAACACCCCAGACCAUAAUUCAAUCCUGGAACCCAAACUCUUCAGUUGCUACCGUCCCCGUCACCGUCCACAGCUUCCCCGCGCUCGAGCCGACCUCUCUCGAGCAGUGGUCCGUCAACCACCUGUACCUCCCCCUUCGGCGGGACCUUCUCUACAGCGCCGUCGUGUACGAGGGCGACAACACGCGGCAGGGCACCGCCUCGAGCAAGACGCGCUACGACGUGCACGGCUCCCACCGCAAGAUUCGCCCGCAAAAGGGCUCCGGCCGUGCCCGCCUCGGCUCCCGACAGAGCCCGUCCAUCAAGGGCGGCGGCAAGACCUUUGGCCCACACCCCCGCGACUUUGGCACCAAGCUCAACCGCAAGGUCUACGACAAGGCCUGGCGCACCGCUCUCAGCUACCGCUACCGCCGCGGCGAGCUGAUCGUAUGCGAGGACGGAAUGGAGCUCGCCGUGCCCGAGGAUUUCGUAAAGGUCGCCCAUCACUUUAAAGACGGCCUGCGCGAGGCGUACCUGGCAAAGUAUAUGCGCGGCGUCCUCGCGGCGCUGCGGCUCGGCAGCACAGACGGCCGCACGCUGUUCGUUACGGGCAAUCGUAGAGACUGGCUGUACGGGGCCAUGGAGCAGUUACCCUCUGAGGGACGUGCUCUGGACCUGCCGGAUGUGGAUGUCAAGGAUUUGCUCGAGACGGGCAAGGUGGUCAUGGAGAGGAGCGUGCUCCAGGAGAUGAUUGAGCAGCACCAGAGCGAUUUAGUCAGUCGUAUCGUGGUUGGCGGCUUGCCGUUAAAGGGGCCGCAGACUGGUGAGAAGGUGCUAUGA